UGAUCAAGAUAUAUCAUUCCAUGAAAUCCUAACAAAAGUUGAACUUAUAUUAUACAUAAAAUACCAACAUUUCCUUGAAAAUGAACUUCGUUUUAACACAACCAUCAACUUCUAUUAGCUUUCAGUCCUUAGCUAUUGGGUCAAGAUUUCAUCCUCGACUAAUUAAUCAAGCAGAUUAUCGUUAUAAUCUUAAAUCUUCAAGACAAGGUCAAAAGAGGCGUACAUUAACUGUUAGCAGCAGUGUUCAACCUGUUCCACCACCCAUCCCCUCUUCAAGUCCCUCCGGAUUACCUGGCAGGAAAGGCUGGAUAGCAGGAGCUCUUUUAGCAUUCUUGCUACCUUUCUUGAAAAACAAAUGGGGACCCUUGAUCAUUUUCAAAAAUGAAUUUGACAAGAGAUUACAGACAGUAGAAGAUGUAGUAGAGACGUUGGAAAAGGUGGCAGAUAGAGUGGAGCAUAUUGCUGAAGAUGUUGCCAAAGAUCUCCCAGAAGGACAAUUCAAAAAGGUUGCCAUGUUGGUAGAUCAAGUUGCUGAGAGAGUGGAAUCAGCUGCCCAUCAAACUGAUGCUGCCAUUGACAAGUUUCAAGAAUUAGAAGGCAAAGUGGAAUCGUACGUUGAGUCGAACAAAAGAAAAACAAGCGUCUUAGUUGAAGUAAAAACAGAAACUACUCCAAGCCAGUUAGUUGAAGAAAACACAGAAACUAGUCCAAGCCAAAAAGUUUAAGUUUUAUACUGGUAUCUUAGCUUGAUUGAUAGUUGACAUAUAUCAGUUACAUAUACUGAUGUGUUAAUGAUCAAACCCAUGCGACACUUCAAUUCUUGUCUAUAUUUUGUAUGCUAAUUAAUCAUGUUCAUUUUUUCCAA